AUGUCGAAGGCCCUUUUAAGAAGGGUUGGUUCACAUAAGAGAGUGGAUGACAAGCUUUGGUGCACCCACUAUCAGAAGUCCAGGCACACUAGAGACACAUGUUGGGAAUUCCAUGGCAAGCCUAAAUGGGCUCAGGAAUUGAGUAAGAAAUCAACAUCUGAUCAGACAUCCUUGCUUGUCCAACACCAACUAGGGGUUCUGCAUACAAAGAAAUUAAAGCAGCAUAAUUUAGCAGAAUUACUGCCACCUCCACUCUAUGUGAAUUACAGCAAGGCUGUAAGGGAAGCCAUGUGCUUUCUGAUGGAUCCUCAGCUUGGAAAGAAGCUAUGUUAUGUCCAGUUUCCACAGAGGUUCGACGGUAUUGAUCGCCAUGAUAGAUACGCUAAUCGCAAUAUAGUGUUCUUUGAUAUCAACAAGAAAGGCUUGGAUGGGAUCCAAGGACCAGUCUACGUUGGAACUGGUUGUGUCUUGAACAGGCAAGCAUUGUAUGGCUAUGACCCACCAGUGUCUGAAAAGAGACCAAAGAUGACUUGUGAUUGCUGGCCUUCUUGGUGUUGCUGUUGUUAUGGUGGAUCAAGGAAAAAGCUGAAAUCAAAGAAGGGAGAAAGAAGUUUGUUUGGAGGGUUUGACAGCAAGAAGACGAAAGUGAUGGCAAAGGACUAUUCCAAGAAAGGCUCUGCCCCUAUCCUUGAUCUUGAAGAGAUUGGAGAAGGGCUUGAAGGAUACGAUGAACUAGAGAAAUCAUCUCUCAUGUCUCAGAAAAACUUUGAGAAGAGGUUUGGACAGUCACCUGUCUUCAUUGCUUCAACACUUAUGGAAGAAGGUGGUCUUCCUGAGGGUACCAACAACACAACCCUCAUUAAGGAGGCUAUUCAUGUUAUUAGCUGUGGCUAUGAAGAGGAAACUGAAUGGGGAAAAGAGCUUGGAUGGAUUUAUGGCUUAGUCACAGAAGACAUAUUAACAGGGUUCAAGAUGCACUGCAGAGGAUGGAAGUCAGUGUAUUGUGUUCCUAAACUAGCUGCAUUUAAAGGUUCAGCUCCUAUAAAUCUUUCAGAUCGUCUGCACCAAGUUCUCAGGUGGGCUCUUGGAUCAGUUGAGAUAUUCCUUAGUCGGUAUUGCCCUCUAUGGUAUGGCUAUGGAGGAAAACUAAAAUGGUUAGAGAGGUUGGCCUAUACUAACACCAUUGUUAACCCUUUAACUUCCAUUCCUUUGCUUGCCUACUGCAUCAUUCCUGCUGUCUGUCUUCUCACUGGAAAGUUCAUCAUUCCCACUCUGAAUAAUCUUGCUAGCAUAUGGUUCAUUGCCCUCUUCCUGUCCAUAGCUACUGGUGUGCUUGAGCUCCGAUGGAGCGGUGUUAGCAUUCAGGAUUGGUGGUGCAAUAAACAAUUCUGGGUGAUAGGAGGUGUCUCAGCUCAUCUUUUUGCCGUCUUCCAAGGCCUUCUUAAAGUUCUUGCAGGAGUUGACACCAACUUCACUGUAACUUCAAAGGCUGCAGAUGAUACAGAGUUUGGUGAACUGUACCUCUUCAAAUGGACUACACUUCUCAUUCCUCCUACAACACUGAUUAUCUUGAACAUGGUUGGAGUUGUUGCUGGAAUAUCGGAUGCCAUUAACAAUGGUUAUGGCUCAUGGGGCCCCCUAUUUGGGAUUGAUGGCUCUCAAGAAGGACCUCAGAACAACAUCUUAUGCAAUUUGUUUCCUGAUGAUAACUGAGCUUCCCCAUCAGUCAGCUAAGCUCUUUGUUGGUGCUGCUGUUAAAGUCUUGGUAGAAUGGUGUAAUUUACCAUCGGCCGAAGCCACAUGGCUCCCAUUGGCAGAGUUCCACGCCACAUAUCCAGAGUUCGAGCUUGAGGACAAGCUCGUAGUCCAGGAGGGGAGUAAUGUUAUGGACGCAUUCCUCGGGAAGACAUACCAUCGCCGCCGGCAGCAACAGGAACCUGACCCACCGCCAGCAGCAGCAGUGAUCCAAUGGUUCUCAUCCUACCAAGUUCGGCAACAGCAGUCUCAUCCAGAUUAGAUUAGUCAUCUUGCUUGUUCUUAUCUUA